AUGCAAUCAACCCUCCGCGCCGCCUUCAUCACCGACCUCCUCCUACCACCACCACAUUCACUGCCAACUCUAACACCCUCACAAAUAUCGGCGAUCGGCUACGAUGCUGCUGUCUCAAUCCUUCACAGUCCCGAGCAAUUUAUAAGGUCCAAUCCACUGGUCACCGACGUCCGCCGCGUACACUCCCCGUCCGACUCCAAGCUCUACAUCGAUGUCCCGAAGUGGUGCUCAAUGUUCAACCUCAACCACCACGGCGACCCCGAACGGGGCAUCAGCAACGAAUGGCAGCAAUUCGAGAUUACCGACAAACUCAGUUGGGGAUUGGGUACUUCUGACGUUGUUUACACUACAGCAAUGCGGCGGAUACCAGGAGGGUUCGAGUCAGUCACCAGUGCGGGCAGUGGCGUGAGGAUAUAUGGGCGGUUUGAGAUCCUGAGGCCGCAUGAACUUGGCCGACUGAGUUCGAAUCCGACGAAUAUCACUAAGGCCGAUGAUGCUGCAAAGUCGCGGCCGUCGUCAAGCCAUGAACAUGAUUACAGCUCCGGAGCACCCAACACUGUUCCUGGGUGGUCAGAUGAUACGUCUGCGCCGACAAACCAGCCACCUCAGGACAGCGAGUCAAGUGCGCACGAUACAGGGCUGAUUCAUUACAUCGAGCACAAUGAGACGCGAUGCAACAAGGUCUUGUCAGUCUACAUCAAGGCCACGACCGCAAAGUCACAUCGAACCAUGCACGAGAACUUCAAGCGGAGAUGGGGUGAGAUCGUGAAGCAGCAGCUGAGCGAGGAGGCUGCUGCUCGGGCAGGUCCUGGUGGCUCUGUCAUUGGGGCGCCUGGUCUGCCGAGAAGUAGGGGGAGAGACGAGCAGGUUGGUACUACUAGUGGAAAGAGUGGUCUGGCUGGUGCAAGUGAUGGCACUCGGUCGAAGGAACACUCGAGAACAAACAGUAAGAGUCGGACAACGUUGGGAUAG